AUGGGGGUGGCCGGCCUGGGCAACUAUGGGCUGCGGGGGACGCGGCACAGUGUGGGCAUGGCAGUGGUGGACCGGCUGGCCCGGCAGCUGGCGGUGGCCGAGGGUUGGCAGGUGGACAGGCGGUGCUGCGCUGACGUGGCUCUGGCCACGACCCGUGGCCUGGAGCUGGUGCUGCUCAAGCCACGGAGGCUCAUGAACCUCAAUGGGCUCAGUGUCACCAGUGCCGCUGAGAUCUACAACUUCCGCCCAGAAGACAUAUACCUGGUUCACGAUGACCUGGACAAGGACCUGGGCAAGGUGGCAAUCAAGCUGGGAGGCAGUGCGAGGGGACACAACGGGGUCCGAUCCUGCAUCAGUGCUUUGCACUCCAAUGAGAUGACCCGGCUCAGGGUCGGCAUCGGGCGGCCAGAGGGCGAAGUGACAGUGUCCAGCUAUGUCCUGGCUCCGUUCAGCGCUGGGGAGCAGGAGAGGCUGGAGCAGGUCCUGCCCCAGGCAGCGACAUCCCUGCUGGAGCACAUCCUGCGCAGGAGAGUGCCCGCGGGGGAGCCGGGGGACAGGGGCUGA